AUGUCACUUCAAGAAGAAUUAAACGCAUCCCGUGUGGCUACACCUGUUGAAAACGAUGGCAUGAGCUGGCCCAGUUUGGGUGCAAGACAGCGUCGUGAUGAAACUCCUGCACAAAGAGAAGAAAGGGAGAAGAAAUUGGCAGAGGCAGUAAAGACCAUUUUGGCAUGUAUUGGUGAAGACCCUGAAAGAGAGGGCCUUGUAAAGACCCCCGAUCGUUAUGCAAAAGCAUUGAUGUUCUUUACUCAAGGGUACGAGAGAAAUAUUCAUGAGGUGAUCAAUGAUGCUGUGUUUGAAGAAGAUCAUGAUGAAAUGGUGCUUGUCAAGGAUGUUGAUGUCUUUUCACUAUGUGAACAUCAUAUGGUUCCCUUUAUGGGAAAGAUCAGUAUCGCUUACAUUCCCAACAGACGAGUGGUUGGCCUUAGUAAGCUUGCUCGUAUCGCAGAGAUGUUUGCCAGAAGAUUGCAAGUUCAGGAACGUAUGACUAAACAAAUUGCCACCGCUUUAAUGGAGAUACUGCAACCUCAAGGUGUUGCUGUUGUCAUGGAAUGCUCACAUUUGUGCAUGUGUUCAAGGUAA